GUGUUGACUUUAAAAUCAAAACUGUAGAGCUAAGAGGAAAGAAAAUUAGAUUACAGAUCUGGGACACAGCGGGUCAGGAGAGAUUCAACAGCAUUACCUCAGCUUAUUACAGAAGUGCCAAGGGGAUCAUACUAGUAUAUGAUAUCACGAAGAAGGAGACAUUUGAUGAUUUGCCAAAGUGGAUGAAGAUGAUUGAUAAGUACGCUUCAGAAGAUGCAGAACUUCUCUUAGUUGGAAAUAAGUUGGACUGUGAAACGGACAGAGAAAUCACUAGACAGCAGGGUGAAAAGUUUGCACAGCAGAUAACAGGGAUGCGGUUCUGUGAAGCAAGUGCCAAGGAUAACUUCAACGUGGAUGAGAUAUUUCUGAAACUCGUUGAUGACAUUCUAAAAAAGAUGCCUCUGGAUAUUUUAAGGAAUGAGUUGUCCAAUAGUAUCCUCUCAUUACAACCAGAGCCCGAGAUACCACCGGAACUGCCUCCACCACGACCACAUGUCCGGUGCUGUUGAUUUGCUACUUUGGAGACAACGUGGAAACAAUUCCUGGGAUGGGGAAAGUUCUAUCCUGCACUACAAUCAUUUUGACAAUUUCCUUUCGCACUUUGUAAUCCAAGUCAGAGCUAUACACUAACUUGUAAAUAUGCAAAUAUGCAAUCCUGGGUAAGUUUUGGUUUUAAAUUACAUAUUUCCCUCCAAAUUAUUAUAUUUCAUUCAUUACCCCAGUGUCUAGUGUACAUACACUGGGAAACAUAGUACUUCUAAUAUGAAGAAUGGGAGAAAUGGAAGGUAUAAUGUUUCUUGAAAUAAAUAAUUGUCCUUGUUAAUUAUAUUAUAAGGACGGAAGAUAUUCUGAAAAGAAGAGAGAAUGUGGUGCUUUGCUUACUGUUUUAAAGAAAGUUUGUAAAACUAGAGACUUUUUGGAAAAAAGCUAUCUUAAGUGCUUUUUCUUUAUUCGCAAGAUAUUACCCCCAGCUGUAGCACCUUUGAAGUACUGGAGUAUUCCUGCCACAAAGCACAGUUUCAUUCAUAGCCAUCAUUGAAAGUUAUUUAUUAGUGUUAUGUGAUGGUAGAAUGUUACUAGUUGGAGGGAUGGAUUUGACUUGGUCCUAAAGCCCAGAAUCUCUCUCAUGGUUCCUAAUGGAUGAACCCUAUGCUUUUAAGAACUACAAAGAUUCAAUAAAGAGGUGUUUUUGAAACUAUAGAAAAAGGUUUUAAAGAAACGCUGCUGUCCUAAACAAAUCCUAUUUAAAGGAAUUUUAAAGAGAUACAUUUUACUAUAUCAAAGAACAUACAUGUAUUUGCCUAAACAUUCUGUACCUUUGUAAUGAUAAAACUUCUCCCCUUUAUGGUGAAGCUUAUUCCUAUUAAGCCUAGACUGUGUUCAUUUUUUUGGGUGGGGGGGUCUGAUAAUGAAUUUGUGAACUCUAUCUUUGGUAUAUCUUUUAUUAAACUGCACUGUUUCGUUUAGUCGAGGUAAAUAAGUAAUUAUGUAUUUGAAUAACUUGGUGUUUCUUGAGUGUUGUGGUAUGAAGCAUUGUGGUCUUUCUACACUAAUGAAGUGCAAAUAAAAUUUUGUAUUUAUGAAUGACA